CGGCAAGUGCACCUUAUCCUGCUUAUCUACUGAUUUAUAUAAACACUGCCUCAAUCGUUUCCGCCAGCCCCGGAUCUCCUUUGCCUCUGCUUCUUGACUACCCAUUGUCUCAUUUAGAUUCUUCAUCAUGGCGCCGUCAGAGGAUUAUCAAAACAUCUUUCACUGGGCCGAGACCCAAAAGGAUGGAAGUAUCCCCUCCUUUGCGACUCGAAAGAAUGAUCCCUAUACGUACCUCUCUGGCUUCAACAACCAUCAUGAAUCAGAGGCUAUUCCUGGAACUAUCCCCCAGGGACAGAAUAGUCCGCGAUGUGUCAGAUUCGGCCUGUACGCUGAACAGAUGACCACGUCGUUUGGUGCUUCUCGCCAAGCUAAUAAAAACUCGUGGUUGUACCGAGCGAGACCUGCUGUUGCUCACCAAGGAUUCACGGAUAUGCCCAAGGUUGAAGGAACAGAGAGCUGCUUUCUGACUCUUAACCCUGCAGUCAGAAUCUCACCAACUCAAUUAGCGUGGCUCCCCUUCGACAUCUCCGAAGGCACCGACUUCAUCUCUGGCCUCCGCACAAUCGCCGGCUCAGGCGACCCUACCCUCCGCGAAGGUCUAGCAACACACAUCUUCUCCGCCACAAAGAGCAUGGACAAGCGCGCCUUCGUAAACUCCGACGGCGACUUUCUCAUCAUCGCGCAGCAAGGCAAUCUCGACAUCCAAACUGAAUUCGGCAAUCUCUACGUCCAGCCCGGCGAGAUCUGCGUCAUCCAGCGCGGCCAACGCUUCAAAGUCGCUGUUGAGGGUCCAACUCGGGGGUAUAUCCUCGAAGUGUGGGGUUCGCACUUUGAACUCCCUGAGCUGGGACCUCUCGGUUCAAACGGUCUUGCUAACGCGAGGGACUUUUUGUAUCCCAAGGCUACUUACACUGUUACGCGUGAUGAUCCGUGGGAGAUCGUGUAUAAGCUUGGUGGGCGCUUUUUCAAGAGUACGCAGAACCACUGCCCGUUUGAUGUUGUUGCUUGGCAUGGGAACUACGCGCCUUACAAGUAUGAUCUGACCAAGUUUGUCAAUGUCGGAUCUAUCUCUGUUGAUCAUAUCGAUCCGUCCAUUUUUUGCGUUUUGACGGCUGCUUCGCGAGAUGCGAAUGCGCCGUUGGCCGACUUUCUCAUCUUUUCGCCCCGUUGGGAUGUCGCGUCGCAUACCUACCGUCCACCGUAUUAUCAUCGCAACGCAGCGUCUGAACUGAUGGGGCUUAUUUAUGGAGAGUAUGCGGGACGGUCUGAUGAAUUCCAGCCUGGUGGUGUAUCUUUUGAGUGCGGCUGGGUUCCUCACGGUGUAGCCUACGAAGAAUUCAAAGCAGCAUCCGCCCAACCCCCACCGCAGAUGCAAAUCUCCAAGGGCGCAGUGGCAUUUAUGUUCGAGAGCUGCCGACAACUGACCAUCACAGACUGGGCGUGGAACAGCGACAAGAAGCACGAGCACGAGCCCAAGAUGUGGGAUAACCUGGUCGACAACUUUUCCGAGCACCUUGAUGAGAUUAAUGAGAUCUUGGGGAAGAAAACCCUGUAAAAAGUCGUGGGGGUGAGAAUGUCAUGGUAGAAAGUCAAUUGCAAAUGGAUUAUUUUGAUUGGGUUCGGCAAUCUAAAUAAGGCAUGAAGUUGAUCCACUGUUUUUGGGGGAGGUGUAGAGGUUCAAGGCUUCCUCGGCCUCCGAAGAUGACAAUAUUAGCAGAUUGUUACUGCAAAUCUAUAGUGAGAUAUGCUCAGAUUAUUUUUGUGUGAUUUUCGCGUCCGUAUUCGUAUGAGCAGGGGAAUUGUACUCCACUAAGGAUUGUCAGUAUCCAAUCACAGAUGACAUGUUUCGGG